GAUAAAAGUCCCUUGUUCCAUGCUUUAAACUAAUACAUACUACAUACCUAAGCAACUUUGUCGUGGACAACAAUCCGAUAAUCCAGCAGUCUAGCAAUUCAGCAAUUCAACGAUCCAGACAUACGAUCAAAUACAACCAAGAUGGCCGAUGACAAUAGCAAGUCCGCAGUCGACGAGACCCCAAUCUCCCCAAUCCGCCCUAAUAACGAGCGGAGGAACUCGCUCGAACAACACCUAAAGCAGCGGCCUGACCGAUCCGAGCUUGUCGAGAAGAACAUCUUGCCUGCUUCCACCGCUGCCCCAGGCCUACAGGAAAAGCAGAAAGAGCUCGAGAGACAUAUGCGUGCCGAUUCGCUCAACGAGAAGAUUUCUCACCGACCGCCCCCCGAGAAGCUCAUUUCCGAGGGCGUCCUUCACGAAGACCCUCGGUCAGCCGAGGAGAGGUAUGAGGAAGCUAUCGAGGAAGAAUACGCUAAGAGGGAGGGCGGCGCUUGA